AUGUCUGGUUAUCCACAGCUGACGCUGUUUUCCUCAGCAACGAGAACCGCUGGAUCCGCUGCAUUAUUUUAGCGAGGUUUCUUGCGUUGCUUGUCUCAGAUAAGUCAAGAUAUUCGUGUUAAAUUAGGCUUCAGUAGCGUGCGAUGGAUGAAAAGCGCAGAGCCUCCUGUCAGUAUGGAUCCCUGGAAUGCACGAAAUGGAAAACAGAUGUGGACCAAACAGAGGCAGAUGUGGUCUCAAUGGCAGACUCUACUAUCACAGUGGGGGACAUAGAGGGAGAACUCUGCAAAAUCGAACGGAUCAGAGACAUUUUGAUCAGGAGGGAAUCUGAGCUGAGAUACAUGAUGGAUGAUAUCCAGCUAUGUAAAGAAAUUACAAGACUGAAGAAAGAGCUUCAAAAGCUUUUAUCUAUCCCAGAUAAUGACAAGUCUAAUGAAGACAAACAGAAGGAGGAAGAGCUUCUGAAACAGAUUCAUAAAUUAGUGGAGGCCAGAGACUUCCUGGUAGAUGAUGUGGAGUUUGAGCGUCUCAGGGAACGGGAGGAGGACAAAGAGAUGGCUGAAUUUCUUAAAUCCAAACUACCAAAAAGCUCUCAAACCAAGAGUGUUGCUCGCAUUGGGAGGAGGCCGCCCAGAGCCCAGCAGAACUCUACUCCCUUUGUAACCAAGACAGGCCUUACUUUGCUGAAGGAGUGCUGUGGAUUCACCUGCUCUAUAAUGUAAAAGGCACACUCUCGGCAGAGGCAGCAGGAACACAAUGCAAUUCUAGAGCCUUGGAUGAAGAUGACCUUUUAUUGACAUCAGGAGACUCAAAGAAUACGAUGUGAACCAACACUACAGUUUUCUGAAAGACAAAGCUCUGAAGUUGUCUGAUAAGGAAUAGCAGUCUAUCCAUCACUCUUAUAUUUGUAACUUUUUUUUCCAUGCCCAUUUGCUCACUUUCUACGUCUCUCAUUUUUUCUUUGAAAAAUCCUGUUUCAUUGUAUUACAGAGAACAUUUUGUGCUCUCUCAAGGGUCCUGCUGUCAGCAGCUCAGCUAGUUUGCUGUCAUCCCCUACCCUUACCUUUUCCCUCAUGAGACAUUGCUACAGCACUGCAGUACCUGUGACUUCAUCAUCCAUAAAUGCUUAAGUUUCAGUAGAGGUUCCAUUUAGACUGCUGAUUCUUAGCCAAGCCAGGCUCAUUGAAAAUAUGUGCCUGCUGCAACAUUUCUGCAAAAUAAUAUUAUGUUACUUCUUGCAUUCAUUCACAACACUUUGAAAGUAAAACGUUCCAGUGAGCGGCGCUAACUAGACGUUCAGUUUUAUCCAAAACAGAUGAACGUGGCAAUGUUUUAUGUUGGUUUUUACACGUAUCGUGGCAGUUUGGAAAUGCAAUGUUCUAUUGUAUAUGAAAAUAACGCACCACCUACACUAAAUCCUUAACCGACAGUGUUAACAAAAAGCAAACCUGAGAUAACAACACUCACUUGAAGGAACAAUGCCAUUUUAGCUUGCUUCUAUAAGUCUUUGAGCUCAUUUAUUGUGAUUAGUGCUCUACGUUGCAAAUGAACUAUUGUACCAGGUGAGCUAAUGAGCAAGUUUACUAUGCCAGAAAAGCCAUAUGGAGCUAAUUAUAUGAUGCAAACAUCAAAAUGUAUUAGUUUACAAAUCCUUCACUAUGGUAAAAGUGUUUUUGAGGUCAUAACAUAGUAUUGUUCAAGAAACUGUGCACAAAUAUAUCUUUAUUAAUCUGCCCCCUUUAAUCAAUUUGUGUGAAAAAGAAUUAAAGUUGUCUGUGUUUUACUGCUUUAUAUUUCUGCAUAAAACUGUAGUGAAUUGUAGAUAUA